AUGGCGGGUGGAGUUUUAGUUACUUCAAUAAAUAGAAGACAAUAUGAGGGGAAGGUUACAAUGUUUGUUUUGGUCACAUGUUUAGUGGCGGCUAUGGGCGGUUUACUUUUUGGUUAUGAUCUUGGUAUUACAGGAGGAGUAACUUCCAUGGAACCAUUCUUGGUUAAAUUCUUCCCCAGUGUUUACAAACAAAUGAAAGAUGAAUCUGGACACGAGAGUCAAUAUUGCAAAUUUGAUAACGAGCUCCUUACUUUGUUCACAUCUUCUUUGUAUCUUGCAGCUUUAAUAGCUUCUUUCUUUGCUUCCACAACUACAAGAAUGUUAGGACGCAAGGCCUCAAUGUUUACAGGUGGCUUGUUUUUCCUUAUUGGUGCAUUGCUUAAUGGUUUUGCUAUCAACAUUGAAAUGCUUAUCAUUGGUCGCCUAUUACUUGGUUUUGGUGUAGGAUAUUGUAAUCAGUCAGUUCCAGUGUAUUUGUCUGAAAUGGCUCCAGCAAAGAUUAGAGGUGCACUCAACAUGGGCUUCCAAAUGAUGAUAACUAUUGGAAUCCUAGGGGCAAACAUUAUCAACUACUUUACUUCUGGUCUUGAGAGUGGAUGGAGAAUUUCUUUGGGUAUCGGAGCUGUCCCUGCAAUUUUGUUGUGUAUAGGAUCUUUUUUCUUAGGAGACACACCAAACUCUAUGAUUGAAAGGGGCCAAAAAGAAGGAGCUAAGAAAAUGUUGCAAAAGAUUCGUGGCAUUGAUAAUGUCGAUGAGGAGUUCCAAGAUCUAAUCGAUGCUAGCGAGGAAGCCAAGAAGGUGGAACAUCCAUGGAAGAAUAUUACACAACUAAGAUAUAGACCUCAACUAACAUUUUGCUCUCUCAUUCCAUUCUUUCAACAACUCACGGGAAUCAAUGUUAUCAUGUUUUAUGCCCCUGUCCUUUUCAAGACUUUGGGCUUUGGAAACAAUGCUUCCCUCAUGUCCGCAGUAAUUACCGGAGGUGGUGUUCAAAUGUUUAUUUGUCAGAUUAUUGUGGGAAGCAUGAUUGCUAUUAAUUUUGGAGUUAGCGGUGAAGGCUCAUUUACACAUAUUGAAGCUAAUCUUCUUUUGUUCUUCAUAUGUUUGUAUGUUGCCGCAUUCGCAUGGUCUUGGGGUCCGUUGGGAUGGUUAGUUCCUAGUGAAAUAUGCUCUCUUGAGGUUCGGUCUGCAGGUCAAGCUACCAAUGUUGCUGUGAACAUGUUGUUCACCUUUGCCAUUGCUCAAAUUUUUCUUACUAUGCUUUGUCACUUGAAGUUUGGACUUUUCUUCUUCUUUGCUGGCUUUGUGCUUAUAAUGACAAUUUUCAUUGUCAUGUUUUUUCCCGAGACAAAUAAUGUCCCAAUUGAAGAAAUGAAUAAAGUGUGGAAGUCUCAUUGGUUUUGGACAAAAUUUGUUUCAGAUGUUGUCGUCGAUCAUGAUCGUAAGGUCGUUGCUUGA